GUUCAGCACUUCGAGACAAACACUGAUGUGGAUUCCAGACUCCUUUUUUUCCAGUUUGCUGAGUGGAAGAAUUUCAACACUGAAGGAUGAAACUGGUGCUAUAUUUAUUGAUCGUGAUCCAGCAGCAUUUGCACCCAUUUUAAAUUUUCUUCGCACAAAGGAGUUAGACUUAAGGGGAGUAAGUAUUAAUGUUCUCAGGCAUGAAGCUGAAUUCUAUGGAAUCACUCCUUUAGUGAGAAGAUUGCUAUUAUGUGAAGAACUGGAACGCUCAUCUUGUGGCAGUGUCCUUUUUCAUGGCUACCUGCCUCCUCCAGGCAUUCCCAAUCGUAAAAUAAAUAAUACUGCCGGGCCACCAUCUGAUGUUAGAACUGGUCAAAACUGCUCCGAGAGUGAGAUUCAUGGAGGUGGUGGUGUCCAACCUACACUUGCUGGUACUGGGGAAGGUACAGUCAGGCUAGGAUUUCCUGUGGACCCACGGAAAGUCCUAAUAGUAGCUGGCCACCACAACUGGAUAGUAGCUGCCUAUGCCCAUUUUGCUGUUUGCUACAGAAUCAAAGAGUCAUCUGGGUGGCAGCAAGUGUUCACAAGCCCCUAUCUGGACUGGACAAUUGAGCGAGUGGCUCUCAACGCUAAGGUGGUUGGAGGACCUCAUGGAGACAAGGAUAAGAUGGUUGCAGUUGCCUCAGAGAGUAGCAUAAUCUUGUGGAGCAUUCAAGAUGGUGGUAGUGGCAGUGAAAUUGGAGUGUUCAGUCUUGGAGUCCCUGUAGAUGCUCUCUUCUUCAUUGGCAACCAGUUGGUGGCUACAAGCCAUACAGGGAAGGUGGGAGUGUGGAAUGCUGUGACUCAGCAUUGGCAG